AUGGUUAAGGGGCCUAAGACGCAUCAAAAGCUUCCUUCUGAAAAGGAAAGAUUCAUCCAAUGUUGUGCAGACAUUUCCCUAGAAUUGGUCUCCUCUUUGGGCACUUCAAAAGAGGUGAACUUGAAUGGCAUUAUUAUAAAGUACUCUAAAAAAUACAAGUUGAAGCAGCAACCACGUCUUACGGAUGUGAUCAAUUCCAUCCCAGAUCAGUAUAAAAAGUAUUUAUUGCCAAAACUAAAGGCUAAACCUGUUCGUACUGCCUCUGGAGUUGCAGUUGUUGCGGUUAUGUCAAAACCACAUAGAUGCCCCCAUAUUGCAUAUACAGGUAAUAUUUGCGUGUACUGUCCUGGUGGUCCGGAUUCUGAUUUUGAGUACUCAACACAAUCCUACACUGGUUAUGAGCCAACUUCAAUGAGAGCUAUCAGAGCUAGAUAUGACCCCUAUGAACAGGCAAGAGGUCGUAUUGAACAACUAAGACAACUUGGUCACAAUAUUGACAAAGUCGAAUAUAUUAUUAUGGGUGGUACCUUUAUGUCCCUUCCGAAAGAUUAUAGAGAAGAAUUUAUCGUCCAAUUACACAAUGCGUUAACUGGUUACAAUGGUACCGAUCUUGAUGAAGCUGUUGCAUUUUCACAGCAGUCACAAACAAAAUGUGUUGGUAUAACUAUCGAAACAAGACCAGAUUAUUGUACAGAAACCCAUUUGGAUGAUAUGUUGCGUUACGGUUGUACAAGAUUGGAGUUAGGUGUUCAGUCGGUGUAUGAAGAUGUUGCAAGAGACACUAACAGAGGACAUACCGUCAAGGCAGUUUGCGAAACUUUUGCGUAUGCUAAAGAUGCCGGUUAUAAAGUUGUUUCCCAUAUGAUGCCAGAUUUACCCAAUGUUGGCAUGGAGAGAGAUUUGGAGCAGUUCAAGGAGUAUUUUGAAAACCCCGAUUUUAGAACUGACGGUUUGAAGAUAUAUCCAACCUUAGUUAUCAGAGGUACAGGCCUUUAUGAAUUAUGGAAGAAUGGCUUAUACAAGUCUUAUAAUGCAAACAUGUUGAUUGAUUUAGUUGCCAGAAUCAUGGCUUUGGUUCCGCCAUGGACAAGAAUUUAUAGAGUUCAAAGAGAUAUUCCAAUGCCUUUAGUCACCUCUGGUGUUGAAAACGGUAACUUAAGGGAAUUAGCAUUGGCAAGAAUGAAGGACUUUGGUACUACAUGCCGAGACGUUAGAACUAGAGAGGUUGGAAUUCAGGAGGUUCACCACAAAAUUCAACCGGAUCAGGUUGAAUUAAUCAGGAGAGACUAUUACGCUAAUGGUGGUUGGGAAACUUUCCUUUCUUAUGAAGAUCCAAAGCAAGACAUCUUGAUUGGUCUACUUCGACUCAGAAAAGCAUCCAAAAAGUACACCUACAGAAAAGAAUUUAAAGGUCAACAGACGAGUAUUGUCCGAGAAUUACACGUCUACGGUUCUGUUGUGCCUCUCCAUUCAAGAGAUCCAAGGAAGUUCCAACAUCAAGGUUUUGGUACUUUGUUAAUGGAGGAGGCUGAAAGAAUUGCAAAAGAAGAACAUGGUUCCAAGAAAAUUAGUGUCAUUUCUGGUGUUGGUGUAAGAAACUACUAUAGAAGACUAGGUUAUGAACUGGAUGGUGUAUACAUGUCAAAAUCAAUUUGA